AUGACGUCUGAUUCGUAUAUAUGCGCAUUUUUCAGGAAUCAAUUUGACAGCGUGGGGCAUUCUGGGAGAUCAGGUCCGAUACAAACUUACCGUGUCCCGAGAACGGGUCGGUACAGAAUCGAGGCUGGUGGCGCACGUGGUGGUACGCACAGUCCAAGUUAUGGUAGUCACCCCGGCACGUACUACGGUGGUAAAGGCGCCAUCAUGUCGGGCCUCUUCACCCUCUAAAGCGGCAUCGAGCUGAAGAGUGGACAGAGCACCACACUUACAGCAGCACAGCUAGGAAAAUCAGUGGAGGAUAAUGCAGGCACAGGGGGAGGGGGUGGGUCGUUUGUGUAUACAAGCGGUAGAAGGCUGUUAGUAGCAGCCGGUGGGGGAGGGGGUGCGUCAAGUGGGUACAAUGGAAUGGAUGGUCAGUCAGGUGAAAGUGGAACUAGGAGCUCUGGGACAAAUUAUGGCAGAACUCGCGCAGGAGGGACAGGGGGCAAUCCAGGGGAGUGUAACAGUGCUGGAAGUAGCUAUCAUGGGGGAGUGGGUGCGGGUUGGAAUGGUGCGGGUUGUGCAAGGCUUGGGUCGCAACACGGAGAGCGAGGGGGGUCUAUAGCGGAGGGAUGGGUAGGGGGGAGGGCUGGGGGCAUGAAUAGUGGCUACAAUGGUGGCCCUGCCCCGGGUGCCGUGGGGGGAUUUGGUGGAGGGGGUGGAGGAUCCGAAGAUAACGGUGCCUCAGGGGGUGGUGGUGGGUAUUCAGGAGGUGGUAGUGGUACGUACGCGGAACAAGCCGGUGGGGGAGGGGGUUCGUAUUGUGGAGGAAGUAGCUGUAGUGGUGUUACAGGCGGUAAUUCAAACGAUUACGGUUUUGUAAAAAUCACAUACAUUGGUGUUUAAGGUUACCGAGGUGGUACCGAGUGAUACUUCAUGUAACUUACAACUAUAUGCAGCCAUCUAAUACAAAAAGACUAUUCAAGCUAUAAACACAAGAACAGUUUAACAGUAUAAUAGGGGUUCCACACGAAAAGUUAAGAAUUAAUUGAAAUUAUUGUAUGACUUUCAGCAAGAGCCGAUAGAUAAUGUUCAAGUUACGUUAGCAAAAUUGUAACUCAAGGUCCCAUAGGACCCGUGGCUAUGUUGUCAAAAAUAAAUAAGAUAAUAGGG